AUGGCGCCCAUACAGAAAGAAUGCGACUAUCUCGUCAUUGGAGGCGGCUCGGGCGGCCUGGCCAGCGCGCGGAGAGCGAGCGCCAUGUACGGCGCCAAGGCGAUUGCGAUCGAAAACAAGCGUCUGGGCGGUACCUGCGUGAAUGUGGGAUGCGUGCCCAAGAAGAUCACCUGGAGUGCGGCGGCUAUCGCGGAGACGAUCCACGAGGCCAAGGCGUACGGGUUCAGCGUGCAAGAGACGGCGCCGUUUGACUGGCCUACGUUCAGUCACAAGCGAGCCAAGUACGUCGAGCGACUGAACGGGAUCUACGAGAAGAACUUGAAGAAUGAUAAGGUGGAAUAUCUGCACGGCACGGCUACGUUUCAGGAUCGGCACACGGUGAAGGUUACCUUGGAUGACAAGAGCGAGGUCGAUAUCAAGGCGAAGAAGAUUCUGGUGGCUGUGGGUGGAUACCCGAGCUUGCCACCUGGUAUUGAGGGCGUGGAGCUUGGUAUUACUUCGGAUGGGUUCUUUGAACUGGAGAAGCAGCCGAAGAAGGUGGCUGUCGUGGGUGCGGGAUAUAUCGCAGUCGAGAUGGCUGGCAUGUUCAACGCUCUGGGCACCGAGACGCAUCUGUUUAUCCGACAAGACAGCUUCCUGCGUACUUUUGACCCAAUGGUCCAGGAGAAGAUCAUGGCCGAGUAUAAGCGACAAGGGAUGAUCAUCCACACAAGAUCAUCUCAAUCCAAGCUGGAGGACAUUGGAAAUGGGCAGAAGAAGCUCCACUACAAGGACAGCGACGGAGAGGGUACUCUCGACGUCGAUACCGUGUUGUGGGCGAUUGGACGAGCACCCGAGCUAACGCACCUGAACUUGGACGUGACUGGAGUCAAGCUGAACGAGAAGGGCCACAUUCCCGUGGACGACUACCAAAAUACCAACGUGGACCAUAUCUACGCUCUCGGUGACGUCUGCGACAAGGGCUAUGAACUGACACCCGUAGCCAUCGCCGCCGGUCGCAGACUAUCAGACCGCCUCUUCGGCGGCAAGGCGGACGCGAAGCUCGAAUACGAGAACAUCCCAUCCGUCGUCUUCGCGCAUCCCGAAGUGGGCAGUGUCGGUCUCACGGAACCCGACGCUCGCAAGAAGUUUGGCGACGAGAACAUCAAGAUCUACCAGACGAGCUUCACAUCCAUGUACUACGCGAUGAUGGAGCCGGAAGACAAGGCGCCGACCGCGUACAAGGUCAUCUGUGCCGGCAAGGAAGAGAAGGUUGUCGGUCUGCACAUCCUGGGUAUUGGAUCUGCGGAGAUCUUGCAAGGGUUUGGGGUUGCCAUCAAGAUGGGUGCCACCAAGGCGGAUUUCGAUCGCUGUGUGGCGAUCCAUCCCACUUCGGCUGAGGAGCUGGUCACGCUGAAGUAA